GGGAUGUCGUCCAGCAGGGACAACCAAGCCGCGGACGCUGCUCUCGUUGGCUGCCAAUUGGCCAGUCGUACCUCUUAUUGUUGGUGUAGGCACUGCUGCUGCUGCUGCUCGCGCGUUUGUUAUUGUUGUUGCUCAUCUGAUUCCCGUUGUCGUAGUCAUCGUAGUUGUUGUUCUUUUUGCUGACGGUCAGCAGCAUCGCAAUUUUUGUUAUUGUUGUUAAGACGUGCAGUGUUAAGUGUUUGUUGCCUAAAAAAUAUACAGAAACAAGAACAAAGAAAUAAUAGCAUUUACAGUUACUUUGCCUGUGGCGCCCUGUGAUAUUUGUGUAGCAGAAUUUAAAAGCAAAUUACAGUCAAGGAAAUAUAACAUUGAAAAUCAAAGCCAUCAUCCAAACGUGGAAAUGUGCACUGCGAGCCUGAGCUGCAGCUGCUGAACAAACUGCUAAUCGCUUUCAAUAACUACCUGGCUAACAAGUUACCUGGCUACGGAGACGAUGGACGGAACACCAUUGUCGCUGACAUUCACCAGCCUUGCGCUGUUGCUGCUGCUGCUGCUGAUGUGCGUGUUGCUGGGCUGCCAUUGCUUGGGUCCUCGCGCCGCCAGCUGGAUGCGAAUGCGCUCCAGCAAGGAAGAGAAGAUCGGGCUGUCCAAUCACAAGCACAAGCUCUUCCAUCCUAAUGGGUAUAUGGCAAGUAUCCAGUCCGGCUCGGAGUUUUUGCUGAGCACCAGCGGCAGCUUCAAGCGCUUCGAUACCAUUGACAAAGACGAUCACAAUCGGUCGCAGCAGCAACUGCAGCAGCUUCAACUGCAGCAGCAGCAGCAACAACAAUUGCUGCCGAGCAACACAGUAGACUCGACGACGCCCUUGUGGAAUCUGCCGCAGGCGGAUGUCUGCAUUCCGCCACAACCGUUGCGUCCGGCGCCCGCUCCAAAUAGUGCCGGACCCAGUAGCAAGACCGUUACCUUUUCAUUCAGCCAGCUAAAUGAAGCAUCGGAGGCACGCUCCAAUCCGCAGCGCUCACCUUUGCGCACAGCCGCUGCAGCACUGCCACAGCCGCUAGAGGCGCCGCCAGCGCCGAGACUAACGACGUCUGCUUCCGUGACGCUCUCUGCGACGGCUAUACCUCGACCCAUAGCCAAGCGACAGAUUUCACUGCAGCAGGGCAUUAAUCGCACCACGGAGGUAACGCAGGCUCCUACUCCCAUGGAACCCAAGGUGGAGCGUCGACCACCUGCGUUAAAGCGUCGCAACUCCAGCACAAAUCCCUUCCUAUGCGAGUCUACAGAGCAACUUCCUCCGAGUCAGCCAGAUCUUCAGCCCCAGCCCGAGUCGCAGCCUUCGCCUGAGCUUCAGGCUCAGGCCAAAGUCGAGUCCACACCGGCUCCUUGCCCCAAUGGCAAUCCUUUUGUGCACGAGGGUCAGAGCCUUUCCAGCCGCCUCCUGAAACUGCACAACACCAACAAUCCAUUCACAAGUCUAACGCAGCGGGUGAAGGGACCACACAUGCUGCAGAAGACCAUCUCUGAGGAUUAUUUAUUCCGCAAGCUGCCUAAUGGCCACGGCCUCAACCUCAGCAAUGGCUUGAGCAAUGGAUUGGCCAAUGGACUGAGCAAUGGCAACGGCAACUCCACCUGGUGCUUUGGCCGUUCGCUACUGCGACAGGAGUCGAGCAUUAGCCUGGGUCUGGGCAGGCGCAACAGCUCGCAAGUGUCGCUGGAUGGGUCGAUGGAUGGCAUGCAGCUGGAGCAUGCCAUCUCCUGUGAUUCGGUCAAUUCGGAUGCAUCUUCCCUAUGUCUGGAUCAGCUCGAUCAGCCCUACACACAAAUCACGGGCUAUCUCUGCGUUGGCCUUCAAUACGAAAAGCACAGUGAGGAGCAGUUAGAGCUGACGGUCAGCGUGCUGGAGGCCAAAGGACUUAUCUGUCCGCUUAGCAUGGGACUGGACUCUCUGGACACAUUUGUGCGCAUCUAUUUGGUGCCCGAUCAUGCGGGUGGCAUGCAGACCAAGGUGGUGAAAUCGACGCUGACGCCCGCAUACAAUGAGAGCUUCAACUUUCGAUUGAAGCGACAGGCGGGCAGGCAUUCGCUCUGGUUCCAUUUGUAUCACAAUGGGCCCGCCCACACGCUGAUCGGGGAGGCGGAGAUGGAGAUUGGCGAGAUGGCCAAGCCGAUUACCACUUGGAUACCACUCUCUGAUUCACGUAAAUGCAAUGCUCGCUGGGGAGAGCUAAUGUUCUCGCUGAGCUAUUUGCCCACAGCGGAGCGCUUGACUAUAGUCGUGGUCAAGGCGCGGAAUCUAAAACUGGAGCUGGACAACGGAGCAGCGGAGCCGACAACACUGCAGAACAUCUUUGUGAAGGUCUAUCUGAUGAACAACGACAAGAAGGUGCUGAAGAAGCGCACCUCUCUGAAGCGCAAGGAUCGCUGUCCCAUCUUCAACGAAUCAAUGAUCUUCAGUGUGCCGCCCCAGGGUCUGACCACAGUACAGUUGCGUCUCACCGUCUUCGGUGUAACAGACGGUGGGGCUAUCGUGCCUCUGGGUCAUGUCAUUGCCGGCAGCUGUGCGGUGGGCAAGGGCUUGCGCCAUUGGCAUCAGAUGCUCUCAUCCCUGCGCAAGCCCGUGGCCAUGUGGCAUGUGCUACGCCGUGCCGCCAAUCAACCCAUCUUCAUUGGCGGCGCUGAGGCUGUGGUGGCAGCUAUGCAGAGCACGCUUCAAAGGGCGACCGCUAAGCGCAAUAGCAUCGUCUAACCGAGUAGGAUCAAGAAAAGUGUAGAGGAUGACGAGAGCGAGACAGCAGGCGGGGAGUUGACAAAAUUACCAGAGAAAUGGAAACAGGAGGCGGGAAAAGCUAGGAGAAACGGCCAGUAGAAAAGGAUAAAUCAAGAGUACAGAGAGCUAAACUGGACUAACUAAAGAUAACACUGGAGCGGACGCCAAAGAAGUAAGCCAAUGUAAGACUUGGAGCAAAAGUAAAAGCUAUAACUGAAGCGGAAGUGGACGUGAGAAUUUGGAUCUGUGUAGCCCUGUUUGAGUCGAGUUCAAUUACAACACCCGCGGCCUAACCUAACUCUGCACCUUACCCUACCUCUUAUCUUUUCCCGUCCGAUCCGCAUUGUAAUGUCUCCCCCUAUUCUACCUGCCGUUUAAAGAAUAUACCCUCUACAUUGCAUUUACUAAAUUUAGUGCUCGGCAUUUUUCUUACUUUUUUACAGAGGAUUUCCUAGAACAUAUUCGUCACAGGGCAAUUAGACUUUAGGCACUAUCCAUAUUAUAUAUAGAUCUAUAUUAUAUCAGAUACCACUAACUAAAACUAUAACAACCAAAAACAAAUACCUAAACUAAACCCGCACCAAAGGACAAAUCGAGCCUAAAUUAACUAAAUCACAUUCUAGUACAUAUAUAUGUAUCUAUAUAUAUGUAUAUAUGCACACAAUAUAUACCUAAGGACUAUAGCCGUCUUUCAACACAAUAUAUUUAAAUUAGAUAAUUCAUGCACCCAUUGUUAUCAAGCAUUUAUACUAAAUAUCGAUAUAGCUAAUUAUCGUUCAGCAACGAAAAUACAAAAUCUAACAGAUGAAACAUGAACAAAAGAAGAAUUGAGUUUUCGGCAAGCCGAAUAUGCCAUACCUUUGUAAUGCACGAAUUGAUCGACAGAUUGAUUGACAGAACAAUUGAUUGAUCGUUUACUGAUAGUUUAUGCGCAGAUUUUUCUGAAACUUACAAUUAAGUGGCAUAUAUAUAUGAUUGAGUAUAAUUUGAUUGAAACAUUUUAUUGAACGAUUGAUGUAGAUUUAUCUUAUGUUAAUUAUUGAUUGACUGAUUGAGGAAUUCAUUGGUGGUGUUAAUGAUGUUAAGUUGAUUGAUUCAGUUUUGGUAAGGAUAUCGAUUGUUACAAACAAAUCAAAUGAAAACUAUUAUGCAUAAUUUAAGCUACAGUUGGCAAGGAUAUUUUCGUAUUAAAGGUUAAAUAAGAUACAGAAAUAUAUAUUCUAUGAAUAGAUAGAACGUUUACUGGCAAUCAUCAUUGUUGAAAUAUUAUUAAAAAAGAGUAAAAGGUUAUUGCAUUUGGGCGACAAGAAAAAAACCCAGAGUAGUGCAAUGUGAUAUGAUAUAAUUCAGAUUUAGCUAAUUAUACAUUAGAUACAUAUAUAUCUAUGUAUAUAUAUAUAUUUAUCUGGUUUUAUAUUUGCAUUUUUUAUUGUGUUAAGAAACCAGCAAGUAUUUACAAAAUGUAUUAUAGAUAUAUAUACAUAUAUAUCCGCAAAUCAGCAGACUUUAGAAAACGUUUAGAGUUUUAAGAUACUUUUUUGUCGAGAAUUUCAUAGUACAUUUAAUUUUUGAAUGAACGAAACAAAAAAUAGUUAAAAGACAAUAAAAUUGCAAGCAUUUAAAACAAAACGGAAAAUUUUAUUAAAUAGUGAACAAAUUAAUUUUUGUUCAUUCAGUCCAGAUCCGCACGUCUCUCUCUAUAUAUAAAUAAAUAUAUAUAUAUACUGAUUUAACAAAUAAACUUGCUAUAUCUAUGCAUAAUCCACACAUUUUAAAAAUAUGUAAGCAAAUGACCAACAAAUUCAAAAACUAAACCAAAAACCUGGCACAACCUUAGCAGCUUUAAUAUUCCAACUAAUUAUUUAAAAGCGUAUAUUUGAAAGUAAGAUUAAAUAGUGUUAGUGUGCAAAAACUCAAAAUAAAUAUGAAAGAAAAAUAAAAUAAUAUAUAUACUUAUAAAAUGACAAUUA